GGGGACUCCUGCCAUUAAUAUGCCAGGCGCCAUCAGUCAGGAAACAGUUCCUGGCUGUUCCUCUGGGUUUGUGGCCCCCUCCUAUCCGCACUCCCAAGGCAGGCUGGGGACACGUGGCCCUGCCCCGCCCUUGCUGGCUUCAGUUUCUCAAUCCGGAGCGAGGAGCGGCAGUGGCCUGCUUUCCCCGCCCUUCCCAUCAGUCGGGAAGCCGGAUUGUGGGCUGGGGGAAGCAGCAACCUCUCACCUGGCACCCUCUGCCUCCUGCUCCUAGGCACUUGCUCCUACCCUCGAGCCCCUUAAAAUCAGCAAAGCCCGAGAAGACCGCGUCCUCCUGGGUGAACAGCUUCUUAGACACAUUCUUCUGGGGACCAGCCUAACUUUGUUUGGCUGACAUGAAGAAAAAGGAUUUUUAUCCAUAUAGAGACCAACACUGCCAGGGGAGUGGCCAGGGUGUCCCCAGAGGCACAGAAGGUCAGACAGGCCUGUGAUGAAGAGCCAAAGAGAGGCAGUGGGCGGCUGAGGACUGAUUAUCUGAGUGGCAGCUCUUGGCCAAGUUGGCUUCCCCACUUGGGUCUCCCUGUCAGGUUGGAGAAAAAGAAAAGAAACAAGAGAAAAAAGAAAAAGAAAGAAAAAAAGGAAAUUGUUUGAAAAUUUGAAAAGAGCCAGAUUUCACAUUGAGCAGCUGCAGACGGAGAAAUCAGAGAAAGCACAACCCAGCCCCAGAUUCCAAGGGGCCUGCUGGGGACUCUCUCCUGCUCGAGAGGGAAAGACCCCGAGGCCACUGUCUCAGGCCAGAUCCUGGCUGCCAUGGGACUCGCACCUACUGCCCCCCAGCUGCCCUCCACACUGCCAGGCAGAUAAGGGCAGGCGCUGCCCCAGGAGUGCCUGCCGCCCCCUGCCGGGCCACUCCUCUGUGGUCAACCCUCCCCCAGCUUUGGGCCACCUUUGCUGACGCAAGGCCAUGUAGGCCCCACCUGGGCCUUUGUGGAUACACACACUGCUGGGGACACCGCCUCUGCUCUCUGGGGGACACAGCGUACCACCAUGCCCCGGGGAUUCGCCUGGCUGCACUAUCUCGGGAUCUUCCUUGCCAUGGCCUUGGGGAACGAGGGUUUGGAGAUGUGGCCUUUGACCCAGAGCGAGGAGUGUGCAGUAACUGGCUUUCUUCGGGACAAGCUUCAGUACAGGAACCGCCUUCAGUACAUGAAACACUACUUCCCCAUCAACUACAGGGUGAGCGUGCCUUAUGAGGGGGUGCUCAGAAUGGCCAACAUCAGCAGACUGCAGAGGGCCCAGGUCAGCCAGCAGGAGCUGCGGUAUCUGUGGGUCUGGGUGAGCCUCAGUGCUACUGAGUCGGUGCAGGAAGUGCUGCUUGAGGGCCACCCAUCCUGGAAGUUCCUGGAGGAGGUACAUACGCUACUGCUGGAUGUCCAGCAAGGCCUCACGGACGUGGAGGUCAGCCCCAAGGUGGAAGCAGUGGUGUCGCUCCUGAGCACCCCCAGGUUGAGCCUGAAGCUGGUACGACCCAAAGCCCUGCUGGACAACUGCUUCCGGGUCAUGGAACUGCUCUACUGCUCUUGCUGUAAACAAAGUUCCGUCCUAAAUUGGCAGGACUGUGAGGUGCCGAGCCCUCAGCCCCACAGCCCGGAGCCCUCAUCGCAGUGUGUAGCUGCCCCGCUGUACCCUCUGCCCCAGCAGCCCCCCAUCUCCCUGCCCCGCUCCCCAGGACCCAAGCCUGGACCCCCGGCUCAGUGAGGCGGCUGAGGGCACAGGGCAGAGGCCUCCUGCCCCACCUGGCCUGUGUGGUGACCUGUGUGGGGCAGCUGGAGGUGCUCCCGCAGGAGUUUGGUGGAGUCUGAGACUUGUCGGGGGGGGGGGGGGCGGUGGGGGGAACCCCCAAGACAGUGUUUUUCCCUUGAGGGAGAUUCUGUGCCUGAGAAGGGCUCAGCUUCCUGCAUUCUGUACCUCACAGUCUCACCUGGAGCAGCCGGGGUCCAGAGCCCCCUGAAGGUGGACAGAACUUGUCCCCUCCCUGCACCACCUGGGCUGCCUCGCUUGCCUGCAGGUGGUGCCCGGCGUGUCCUGAGGCCUGCAGAGGCAAGACUUGUGCCAGGUUGGGGGGUGGGCGGGCAUGGGGAAGGGGCAGAGCCAGACACCACAUCUUGCCACAGUGGAUGCUCUUCCAGUCCCUCUUACAUUUUCUAUUAAACACUUGCUUGUUUUGUU